GCCCAAGAAUGGACCGUAACCUGCAAAGAACCGUUUCUUGGUGGAUUGUCGUCCUCAUGUCAGUUUCUACCCUCGCAGACAGCCGGUUAGUGUACAAGCGAGGCUCCAGCGUGGUCCCGACCAGAACCCACGGUAACAUCCAACCCAAAGUGUCAGCGGUCAAACAGCAGCAAAACGCCGUGCGGCCUCGGCCUGUCGUGGUUAAGUGCCACUCGGACUCGAUGGAGGUUGUGGUGCAGGCAGACAUGUUUGAUAUAGGUCUUCAAGUGGAUGGCAAACAUCUCCGCCUGGGCUCAGAUCCAGUGCUUGAGGAGAGUGCAUGCAGAGCAUUUCCGUCAGGACAGGCCGAAUUCACCAUCCGGGCCCACCUGACGGAUUGUGGCACAAAACUCUCAUCGACAAAAGAGAAGAUUAUCUAUUCUAACGUUCUGGUCUACUCACCUGAAAGUUCAUCUGAUGGUUUGCUUAGAUUGGAUGGAGCAACAAUUUCAGUUGAAUGCCAUUAUGAAAAGAAGUAUGCUGUGGAUAGUAUUUCUCUACAUCCCACCUGGGUUCCUUUUGUCUCCAGGACCUCAGCUGAAGACCAAAUAGAUUUCAAACUACAACUCAUGACUGAUGACUGGAAGUUUGAGAAAGGAUCUUAUUCAUAUUUCCUGGGUGACCCCAUUAAUUUUGAGGUCUCAGCCAUCAUUGGUAACCACAUGCCCCUGCGCGUCUAUGUUGACCACUGUGUUGCCACGGCAACUCCUGAUGCAGAUGCAACCUUAAGAUAUGACUUUAUUGAGCAUUAUGGAUGUCUCACUGAUGCUUACCUGACAAACUCUAGUUCCCAUUUCUUACCAAGAGCUGAGGAGCACAAGCUGAGAUUUCGGCUAGAUGCCUUCAGAUUUUACCAGGAGUCCAGCAACGAGGUCUACAUAACCUGCUACGUGAAGGCUGUUCCAGUCAUGUUAACUGUCAGCUCACAAAACAGGGCAUGCUCUUUAAUUGAGAACAGAUGGCGGUCAGUUGAUGGGAAUGAUCAGGCAUGUAGAAGCUGCGAUUUCUCCCAUCGGGCUGAGGAGCCUCCAUCCACAGAACCCCCCACAACUACCAUUAGCACCAAAGCGUGGUCCGCCAUUAUUUCAAAGGAGAGUUCAGUCCAGAACAAACCCAAACAACAUCCAACCAGUUAUAUCCGUUUCCGUCCAGACCAGAGCCUACACGACAAACCUCAUCAAUCCUCUGCUAGAUUAAUGAAGAGAAGAACAGACAGCAAAGCAGAGAAAACUAUGCAGCUGGGACCCCUUAUUAUUCUCCCAUCCAGCAAAAUUCUAACAAGGCCAAAAGAUUCCAAAACGGUGGUUUCACCACAGAACAAGACCACCUGAGACUCAGGAUAGCACACUGGAGACUGCUGACUGGGGGGAAAAAAACAAACAAACAAUGAUUUCACCGCUGUCAUGAACAGGAGAAAGAUUUUUGAAACAAAUGACAAACCCUGCAAAUGCUGAGAUUAAUCUCGUCAUUCAAUUGUCCUCCUGCUUGAAAUAAAUUUUUCCUGUGAACUUUACUGUCAACCAUUUUCAGAGAAACAGUACUUAUUUUCCAUCUAC